UGUUGCCAGUUUGUCGGCUGCUUCGAUCCAGACCGGACCAUCUUUUUCACCGCUCUCCCUGCCUCGUUCUAGACGAACCAUCGUUUUUCAAUUCCUUUUUUUCUUUUGACCUGCACGGAUUACUGUUCGUUAUUAAACUAGUGUAGAUGCUGUGAGAGUGAUCGAAUUCGUUUUUCAAGUUCCAACAAAAGAUCAUCGUCAUGUCUUCGCCAAAGAAGCCAUCAAGGAAGAAGCUCUCCAGCCGGACGUCACAUGAAGAUGACGCAGUGUUUCAGACGACUUCAGCGCAGUUACACGGGACUAUAGGAGCCAGCCGUUCUACCAACUUUUCUUUUAAAAAGGACUUUGUCAAAGACUCUAUGGUGGUUCUCGGACCAGAGCGGACUUUUAAACUGAGAAAUCCUCUGGUCCAUUCGUCAUCAUCAGGUCUUCAACAACAGACCAGUGGGUUGCUGCAGGCCAUGGACGAUGGCACGACCAGCAUCCGCGGUGCCUCCAUUUCACCUUUCAACACAACACAGAGGAUUCGUUCGGGCGAACGGGCACCUUCGACAAGCUCUUACAGUUUGAGCUCGUAUGACGAUAUAGUACGAGAUGCCAGCAAAAAUGGAAGGCGGUGGCCGAGUAACCACUGCUUCUGUCUACUGGGGACCCUGUUUUUAUUAGGCACGGGGCUCGCCUUCGGCAUCUAUUAUGGACUGAUCAGCAACAAACAAGAGAAGCUCGUUGAGUUCGUCUACCGGGGAAGCUUCCGGAUUGCGGAGGGUGACUGGUUCGAGCCCAAUCUAGCUGACGUGAAGGGAGCUGCUUUUAGCGCAAAAGCUCGCGAUUUUGAAGCAAAGUUGGACGAUUUGUUCAAGAACAGCAGCGUCAGAGACAUUUAUCAUCAUUCAGAGAUUCUCACAUUUCAGGGGAAUGAAGACUACGACCUUUCCGUGUUCUUCAACUUGUAUUGCAUCACAAAGAAAACUGCAAACGAUGCCUUCGAAAUGGAGUCCCUCUUGAGGGAAGAAUUGGCUGGGAAAUUCCCAGUAAACGUUCACAUCGAUCCAUCAAGCGUGGAAGUUAAAGCUAGGGCGGUUACGAGCUCACCCAAUGAAAGUUCCGACUUGGUGGACAGACGCACGGACAUUGACUCGGCUUCGGAAGGCAGUCGUCCACAAGAGGGUGAUCUAACAAAUUUCAUUCCACCUUAUCCAACGCAACCGCCAACUCAUGGCAUCGACUCAACAGCAAGUCCGGGUAUUAAAAAAGGACAACAGUCACGACCGCUAUUAACAUCCUCAACGAUUCGGCCAACGGUGACAUCACCGGGCCCAAUCAGCAAGUUUUCUCAGCCGCAAGAUCAUCAAGAACGUUCGGGCUGCGUGCCUAUUUCACUCAAUUUUUGUCGCCAUUUGGCUUACAACUUCACCUCGUUUCCCAAUCUGCUAGGACAUCGUGGAGCCCGAGAAGUCGACCGACUUAACGAAGCCGCAAAGUUACUGGUUGAAUCGGAAUGCUCGCCCUAUAUUCAGCAUGUGCUCUGCCAUAUACUGCAACCUCCUUGUGAUCCGGAUGCUCCGACGAAUGGAUUUGUGCCUCCGUAUCCACUACCACUGAUGCCUUUCGCCCGUAUACCAAAUCAUCUUCCUCCCUGUCGGAGUCUCUGCAUGGCGGUGAUGACGUCAUGUAAAGCCCGGCUAGGAUUAAGUCAGCAGAUUUCCCGCAGGCAGGAUGUUGUCGGUAACAAGCUCCUGAGCAACGAAGUUGCAGCCGGCUUGAAAGAUCUGCUCCGCUGCGAACUCUUUCCCAUUGAUGACGGCAUGGAUUCUUGCACAACUAAACCAUCUAUGAAUUACGUCAUGGAGGCCGAUCCAAGUGAAUGUGUCCGUUUCAUGACGGCCAAUGGACAAGCUGGCCGCAUUUGUGACGGGCUGAUGGACUGCCAUGAUUUUAGUGACGAAGUGGCGUGUAACUACUGCCCGGAGGGCCAAGUUCAUUGCGGAGUUGGGGCCUCAUGCAUCGAUGUCAACAAACGAUGUGACGGUAUUCCCGAUUGUCCCAACGGGAGCGAUGAAAGAGGCUGCCUGACUGUGGCGCCCGAUAUGGCGGCGGCUAAUUUCGUUCAUCAGUAUUUUCAUGAGGGCUACAUCGUCUUCACCGAAGGCAACAACACGGGCAAGAUAUGUGUCGACUCGCUCAACUCGUCGUCCCUCAUGUCCACUGCCCGGCAGCAAAGUUUUCUGGAGAUCUUUGGAGAGUCGGCUUGUCGUUCCAUGUCAUACAGUAUCAUGGAACGCAUUGAAAUUCGUGUCGAUAACGAACGUUCAGCGGACUAUGCCCAUUUAACUGAACCGAUACGAUGGAGAGCCACAUUCCUUCGGGCUCCGUGUCGUAAACGCCAAGUGCUCUACCUUUCGUGUUCGGGACUUGAAUGUGGAAAUCGGCCGGUUCAUAUGCAUCCUGACCGUCCCGGUACCGAUUUAACGCUUCUCCCGUCAGCUCACGGUGACUGGCCAUGGUUAGCAGCUCUGAUCAGAGAUGGUGUUCAUGCUUGCGAUGCAACUCUUGUGGCAGACCAGUGGCUUCUUACCGCCUCUUCUUGUUUUGAUGGGCAAAGUCGAGCUCACUGGGUUGCUAGAUUCGCUGCUGUCCGCCUGACUUCCGACGCACCUUGGGAGCAAGAGCGACGUAUCAUUGGCAUGGUCAAAUCGCCCGUGAAGGGCAAUCAACUGGUCCUGAUUAAAAUGGAGUCAGCCGUCAUCUACUCAGAUUUUGUCCGACCUGUAUGUCUGGCUCGUGAUCAUGAUGCUUGGAUCUCGGGUCCCGCGUCACGCUGUCUCUUCCUUGGAUGGGGCAAAGAUCGAGACAAUCUGCACGAAGUGACUGCCAAGGUCGUGCAAAAUAAAAAAUGUGACAACGUCACAACUCUAUGCGCGGAUGUUCUUUCUCCGUUAGAUACAUGCCGGAAUGACGAAUUCGCUGGGAGUCCACUGCUUUGCCAAUUAAAUGAUGGUAGGUCUUGGUCAUUGGUCGGAGUAUCUAACGAGAAUCGUCAUUGCGAUCGGAGUUUUGACGAUAGACAGCUCGAUCGAGUUUACCUCGCAAUCGUGAUCGAUUGCAAAAACAGUAACGACUCAAUGGAAACCAAUCGGCUGUGUUUGAUGGAAGUCAAUGCCAAAAGCCAACCAUCACCCAAAACAGGGUCAAUCAAAGGCCGAUCGCACAGUUUAACGACCGUCCUACCAUUGCCUUCGGUACGUAUUACUGCUUCAGUGGAAGAAGAAACAGAAGCAGACGGAUCAGAAAGCGAGCCGAGCUUGAACCGUCCUGGGUUACCUAUAAGCAAUGUAACCACAAGGAUUCUUGAGAAGAAACCAACGGCCAAGCAUAGACCAAGAUUGUCCAUCCCGCAUAUCUUCACCCAUCAAUCAUCAUUGAGCACGUCACCUCUAUCAUCCACACCCUCUAUCUCGUCACUCCUCGCUGCUGCUGCUGCUCGGAAUUUCUCUUUCAGUAUCCCCCAAUCGAUGAGACGGGGCUCUUGGUCGAACCCAUCGGAGUCCAUGGUGUCAUUAAGUUACCGCUCAUUCGCCAACUAUAUAGUUGAAGACAAUUUGGUUGGCCUCCGUGUUUUUCUUGAAAAUCGCCAUGUCGUCGUCGACGAUAGAGACGAGAAUGGAGCCACGGCUUUGUUGCUGGCAUCGAUCAAAGGCAAAAGUGCCUUCGUCAGAGAGUUGCUCGCUCAUGGAGCCGACCCAAAUGCCGAGGAUUCCGAUAACUGGACGCCUUUGCUCUGCGCUGCAAAGGAGAAUUUCACCUCCAUUUGCGUCGAGCUGCUCAAUCAUGGCGCUGACAUUGAACACCGAGAUAUGGGAGGUUGGACCGCACUGCUAUGGGCGUGUUACAAAGGCUAUUUGGAGACGACACGUCUGUUGAUUGAACAGCGAGCUGAGGUGAACGUUCAUGGCCAAUAUCAUAUCACGCCUCUUAUGUGGGCUGCUGGCCGAGGUCAUGUAGCUAUAGUCCGCCUCCUGUUGGAAAACGGAGCCAAAGUGAAUGCUGGGGAUAAGUAUGGAACAACGGCCUUGAUUUGGGCAUGCAGGAAAUCCCACGGUGAGAUUGUAGACAUGCUACUUCAAGCAGGAGCUAAUGUGGAAGUAUCUGGAAUGCAUUGUUGGACACCUUUACUACUUUCUACCAGAGAGAAUGCUGCAGAAAUUGUCAAUAAAUUACUCGAUAGGAAACCCAAUGUUAACGCAACGGAUAAAGACGGCUGCGCUGCUCUUACUAUAGCCUGCAAGGAAGGCUAUUAUGACAUUUGUAUGGCCUUACUAAAUGCCGGUGCCUACGUCAACUUGCAAGAUCGAAGCGGAGACACCAACUUGAUUCAUGCAGCUAAAGCUGGUCACAAAUCAAUUGUUGAAGCAUUAUUAAAGAAAUACGCCGAUGUUGACAUGACCGGCAAGGAAAGGAAAACAGCUCUUUAUUGGGCGGUUGAAAAAAAUCAUGUUUCAGUAGUUAAAUCACUCUUACAUUCGGAUCCCAAUUUAGAAAUUUCUACUAAGGAAGGAGACACACCAUUGUUAAGAGCAGUGCGCAACCGGAGCAUCGAAAUAGUACAAUUGUUGCUGGACAAAAAAGCUCGUGUUACAGCAGCCGACAAAGAAGGUGAUACAGUGCUUCAUAUCGCCAUGAGAGCCCGAUCAAAAGCAAUAGUAGAAGUUCUCCUCCGAAAUCCGAAACAUAGCCAACUGUUAUACCGACCAAAUCGAAGCGGUGAAACGCCGUACAAUAUCGAUAUAAGUCAACAAAAAACCAUAUUAGGACAAAUUUUUGGAGCGCGACGUUUAAACACUAAUGAAGAUAAUGAAAACAUGUUGGGCUAUGAGCUUUACAGUAGUGCACUGGCAGAUAUGCUGAGCGAGCCAUCACUUUCGAUGCCGAUCACUGUAGGGCUCUACGCAAAAUGGGGUUCUGGCAAAUCUUUCCUCCUCAGCAAAUUACGAGACGAAAUGAAAGGAUUUGCCCGCCAAUGGAUCGAGCCUCAGUUGCAAUUUUCCGCAAUUCUUUCCAUCAUUGUACUGCAUAUUGCCACCCUUUUAGGCGUAAUAAUGGGCGUUUCACUUGAUUCGUGGAUUGCUGGUCUAGCAACUGGUGGAGGCUGCUUCUUCCUCAUAGUGACAUUUCUAUACAUAGUGUACUGGGGUUCUGAAAGAUUUAGUUGGAAUUGGGCGCAUAGUUUCGGACUAGUGUUAGCGAGAAAACUAGAAGCCCUAAAGUUGGUGUUGCAAGUGACUUUUUGCACCCCACCGGGGCCGCAGUGGGGAGGUGAUAGCAUACGAAUCCAACCGAUCAGAUUUUAUUUUACGGACCAAACUAAAGUAUCACGGUCGACAAGAGGGGAGAACUCGGUAGUUCAGAUGAUUGGUUCUUUGUUGGAUUCAAUAGAAGGAGAUUAUGGUGUUGUGGCAACUCGCCUUUAUCGUGCGUUCAGGCCGAAACCACUGAAAUCAACGUCGCCCUGGAAAUUUCGUCGUUUUUGUUGCAUCCCCUACGCAGCUAUUUUCCUGAUUUGCAUCGAUAUUCUCUUGGCUGGCCUGGUGUUUCUCGCCAUAUAUCAGAAGGUGGAAAUAGAAGACCGAAUAGUAAAUUCAAAUCACGUCCAAUAUACGCUGAUAGCUAUCGGUGUAUUCUUGGGUGUUGUAGUUAUCGCAAAUGGGUAUACCUGGAGUCGUAUCGUAAAAUCAUUGCUUUUCUCGCAACGUAGAAAAUUACUACGGAUUAUCGGCCGUCUCCAGUCUGUCAGAGCCGAAGGCUAUUUACAGGCAUUGAAGAGGGAAGUUGCCAUCAUGGUUGAAAUGGUGCGUUGUCUUGACGCCUACAGCGGUCAGCAGACACGUUUGGUGAUGGUAGUUGAUGGUUUAGACAGUUGCGAACAAGAUCAGGUUCUCUACGUUCUAGACGCUGUGCACUUGCUUUUCACCGAACAGUCGUCACCAUUCAUCACUCUACUCGCCAUCGAUCCGCACAUAAUUAUCAAGGCUAUCGAGCUCAACUUGCAUCGGAUGUUCAACGAAUCAAACAUCGGGGGUCACGAUUAUCUUAGAAACCUGGUCCAUGUCCCUUUCUUUCUUCAAAACGCUGGUCUUCGAAAAGUCAAGGCGGCACAACAAGCGGCUCUCAUGUCCAAAAACCCUGGCGGAGGACGUACUACUAUGAUAACGUCGAAUAGUAAUCAUGCUGCCGUGCUCAACUGGCUCGAAUCAGAAGAAACUGCCAACAAUCAACCGGCUGGAGAUAAAGUUGCGAUGUCACCUCGACGAAUGUCGGUGGAAUCGUCUGCCCCACAGGGCAAGGGAUUGCAUCGAACACAUAAGCUUAGUAAUGCACUUCCGCCUGCCAUGGGGCAUCGUAAGCUGCGUCCAAGUGAGAGCAUGGAGAGUGGAUUAGCCAUGGGAAAUAAUAACGGGCGCGUUAUGGCUGCCCAAGAUCUCACAAAAGUUCUAUUGACGGACGAUUAUUUUAGUGAUGUCAAUCCAAGGAGCAUGCGCCGAUUAAUGAAUGUCAUCUACGUUACCGGUCGUUUACUUAAAGCCUUUCAAAUCGAAUUCAAUUGGUAUCAUUUGGCUUCGUGGGUCAAUAUUACCGAACAAUGGCCCUAUCGCACGUCAUGGAUCAUUCUAUAUUGCGAAGUCAACGAAGAUAAGCUGGACGAUUUUACUACUCUAAAAGUUGUCUACGAACGGGCUAAACCUUUCAUACCUGUGUCUAAAGAAAUUGAACCACACUUAGAAAUUGACCGUGAUGAGAAGAAGUUUCAAACGUUUCUCAGUUUCCAUCGCAAUACGUUACAGGUUCUUCAUUUAAAGAUGUUUAUGCCGUUCACUAUUCAUUUGGAUCCCUACUUACGUAAAGUGAUUAAAGAGGAGCGUUCUUCUUUCAUGGCUAUGCAAUCAGGAGCACCUGUGCCUCACACAGCGACGACGGACGUAAAAGUAAAUGGCAAUAUAAUCCACGAACAGCCUAAUCCUUCCGUCGGAAUGCACGUCCCUUGGUCAGUUAAUGGACAGCCCUGGACCACUGUGACGUUGCCAACGCCUGAUCAAACCAAGCCGGCGAUGUAUCCGAAGUAUCCGCCCAUGGUGCCUACCAUUACUCAUUGCAAUUAUGGAGUAAUGCCGGCUCCUACUUAUGGGCCAGCGGUCAAUCAUUUGUGCCUGAAAUCUACUGUACCCAGUCGUCUUCAAGACAGACCACUCAGCUCCCUAACUGCUGAAGAAGUUAGCGAGCUGUUGCGGCACUUGGAUGGAUUCAGAACAGCACAGGCCGACCAAUAUACUCGAACAUUCAUUGACAAUAACAUUAGUGGUCGCGUUUUGCUCAGUUGCAACUUGGAUGAGCUAAAGGCUCUGAGCGGAAUGUCUUUUGGCGAUUGGGAGCUCUUCCGUGUAGCUGUGUGUGCGUUGCGGGAGCGUGAAUUCCAGCCUCGUGUGGCAAACAGCCCUAACCCACAACAAGCAACUGCUGGUCAAGCCAGUGCGAAUCAACAUCAGUCUGGAAACUACAAUUUUUUGGAUGUCGACUUCGAUGGACGCUUGUCUAGAAGCAGCAGCCUCCGCAGUAACACGUUCGCGGGAGCCGCACCAGGCGAAGUCGUCAGUGAAGUUGAUGCGAUGGUUUCAGCUCCCAAGAUCAACACCAAACGUCAAACGAACAUCGAGAAACAAGUAACUUUGGAAGACCAAGCGAUAUGCGGAGCGUUGCAGACUCUAAAUGAGGAGGCUAUGGAAGACGUGCUGGACGAACGGGAAGCCGAAUACCUGCCUGGAAAUGAUUUAAUACCUAAUGUUUACGGCUACAACUCGAGCAACUUGUCUACCUGUAGUGAUCCAACUGAAACGGAUGUCCUCUAUCUGCAGACUUCCGUUGUUCCAGAUUUGCAUUUCCCAGCCUUAAGACAUGCUAAUAGCGUUCUCGGUUCACGUGGCCUCAUUGGAAAUGAAGAUUCAGUCAGUCUCGGUAGUUCCUUGGUAAGCCUCGCCGAACGAGGGACGGUGACUCCGGCUCGCCAACGUACCAUAACCGAAGUUGUUUGGCCUGAACAAAUAGCCUCAGCCCUCAACAGUGGUCUACGGUCACGGCUCAGCUCUAGCACUAGCCUCUUCCGGGCAGGAUCUCAAAAAAGCAUCCUCGCAUCGGAUGCUAGCUACGCGUUAUCGCGUCGUGAUUCCCAACGUUCCAUUUCAGAUGUGAGUUCUACGAAGCCCAUAUUCGUUUCCGUGGAUCCAUCAAACGUAGCUGAAUCUAGCUGUGCAGUGAGUUCAGGGUUCAGCACUAUGGUUGCAGGUGGAUGGCGCAGUGAACAAGGAUCUCCGCGUCGUCCAGCCUCUCUUGUAUUUAACGAGACCGUCAACCCAACCCACGAAUGGCUAGUCAAGCCUGUUAAGGACACUCCAGAGAGCCCCACUGGCGAGAACCGCUUGAAAUGCACAAGUGGAGACAGAACACCAACUGCCUCCUCGAAUUCGCCUAUUAUUGUUCACAAACGUUUUUCAACAACAAACGUUGAAUUGUUACCAGAUCAGAUUGGUGGUAAACUACAGCCAGAUAAGACAUCAUCGUCGAAAUCGGCUUUACGCUCACCAUCGAAACAACGAGCGAGACGUACAGGCCAUCAUCAGUCACGUACCCAUGUUGCACCUUCGCCGGGAUUGUCUACAAGUCGUCAUCCGACUGGUAAAAGCUCUGACGACACUGACGAAGAAGGAGAAGAUGCUCCGCUUAUGACGGCGACAAAGGAACAUCAUCAUAUUCGACGCGUCCUUCCAAAAGCGGCAGUUCUUGCUAUCAAAGAGUCUCGUCCUCUGAGCGCCAAUUCAAGCCUUCUCGGGAACUACGUUCAACAAACGGAAGGUGGUGGCGUUUCAAAUACGACCACCUCUCAGCUGAGUCUCGCCUCGCCUAUUGGGAGCAGUACUUCCAGCCUGGAUAGUCCUCUUGAUACCACGGAUAACGAAGUGUACAAGACAGUUAUACCGAAAGGUGACUCAAGUCGUCGAGAGAAUUCGCUUGCCCUAAUGCUCAACAGGGCUAUAAAUGAAAUAGGAGAUACUGGAAGGGCAGCCUCAAGCAAACCGGAACCCAGUGCUAGCUCGGAAAUGGAUACUGCCAACUAGCCUCAAUAGUUAGUGCUUUCUUUUUUUUGUUUGUUUAUUCACUAUAUAGACUCUUGUAGUUAGAAAUGAAUUUGGGGGUUGAAAGAUUUAGCUUUCGCUAGUUGCUCCAUAGCCAACUAGAAGAAUCUGUUCAAAUAAUUCCCUAGAAUAAGUUAACGGGUGUUAUGGGUUACCAACUUGUUCCAGCCUAUUUCAAGUUGGCAAUGCUCGUAAAUUUGAAUCAUGUUUUACUACCUAUUCAGCCAAUUUUCUUCGAAGGAGGUUUUAAGUUUAUUUUAGAAACGAGAAAUUAGCUACUUUAGGUAGACAAGGUGCACUGAAAGCCAUAAUCAUUUCGAUUUGGGUUGAAUCAGAAUUCUUACCAAAAUGGAACGCAAGUCCUACCAAAGGAAAAAGAAAAACGGUUAUGGCCGUUUGUUGAACAAUUACACAUACAGCAACAAAUUGACCUUGGGAAGUUCAAAAAUGCCGUUUUCAAUUUGCUGAUCUCUUAAAUUCCGAUUUGCAAAACUUUUAUUGCUCCAAUGACUUUUGGUUCGAAUUUAUACAUGUAUUUUUUUGCUUCAUAUCCGCCUUAUACCUCGCUUGUUCAAGCGAUUACGUUAAAACGGAAUAAUUAUGAUGGCCUCAGGAUCAUCCUACCAGAUUCUCCUCCCGGUGGUCCAUCCUAUUUACAGUUCACACCUUAGCACUUGAACUUGCAUUUAUUUAUCCUAAUCGAUCUAUUCAUUCUAGCUUCUUUCAUUUCUCACGAAUUCAUUUCAGUUUAUUUCCUUCGUUGACAAAUGCGUGCAGCGGUAACCAGUCAAAAUAGGUUUGGGUAAAUUUUCCUAAUUGAACAAAAUGACACUGGAUUGACAAUGUUAUGCAAAACCGAAUUGUGGUAAUAAUCCUACUUUCCUUCUGUCUGUGAAUACCUAUUUAAUUGGGCCUGUAGUGUUCACACAUUUGUAAAUUGCCGCAACAUUCACGAAAACAUGUUUUUCGUUACGUCAUGUCUUUAUUGUAAUACACAACACGACAGCAUAUAA